AUGCUGACAUUGCAGAGUUUGCCCCUUUCUGCCUGUCCUGCCGCAGUCAUGCUCCCUGUGGAGUCAAGAGGGCCCCGAACUAGAAGGAGAAGAAAGCAGCCUCAGCCCUCUGUUCAGACACAGCAUUUAACGCCAGGACAGCGGCCUGCCCUGGAAGCAGGGGUGCAGGGUCCUAAGCAGCUCUCAGGUGCCUGGAGCGUGACUGGCCACGCCUGCCCAGACCCAGGCCACACCAAAGUGAGCCCCGGGGGUUGUGUGUCAGCAUUGCCCGUAAGACAGGAGCAAGAAAAGGCAGGCAUAGCAAGCUCAACCUCCUGUCGUCACACACAGUUUCUUUCUGCAUUUGUAUUGAUUGAGAAGAGGACCCACAGGGAAGAGAACCCACCGCUUUCUGUGGGAAUGGUGCCUUCAGGGAGAACACACAGAAAACGGGCUAUUUUAUUAUGUGCAAACAAACAUACGCUUGUUUGA